GCUGUUUGCUGGCGUUGUUCGAUUAUCGUUUGUGGUCAAAUAUAGAUAACGUUUAUUCUGCCUUCUAAUUUGAACUUGAUACCGAUGUAACGUGUAAACUAUUUUCUUCGUCAGUUAUAGUUAAGGUUAACUGUACAGCGUAGAGAGUGAGGGAAAUGUCGACUAGCCUGUUAAGAUAGCUAAGUGCUGUUUGGCUAAUUGAUAACGAUUUUUUUGUACCGUUUUUAACAUGAAGUAUUUGAAAGUUGAGGAGUUCAUCAAGCGGACUGCUUCUGUGACUGAAACUGACCAUUUACUUCAAGAACUAGAGAAUUAUGUGAAGGGUCGACCUGGACUUCAGGGUCGAACACUGUGCGACAGGGUCAUCAGAGCCUGUAACCACCAACUGGGAGUUGGGUCUCCUGACUUGGACCGUGUUAGUCAGUUGUUAAAGCUAGUGGAGCUUGCUCUUCAUGGCUAUGAUACUUCUGGAGUACAUGUUCCUCAGAGCAAUCCUCUGUACAUGGAAAAGAUAAUUUUCCACAUUGUCAAGAAGCUAAGCUCGCUAAAGGUUUACACUUUAUGCCAGCAUCUAGCUGGGUUGCUUUACAGAAGGCUUAAUCCACCACAACAGGCUGAGGACUACUGGGUUCUUGUGCGAAGCUGCUUCUCUGUACUUUGGAAUGGGCUUUCUGCUGAGAAAGACAAAACAAUUCUGAGUCCCUGGGACAAACUCCACUGCCAAAUGCAAACUCUGGGCUUCCUGUUUCUGUUAAGUUCAGAAAGCACAGGAAGUCCUUCCAACUCUAAAGUUCCCAUUUAUGCAGAAGAUGCCUUGACUGAAUUUGAGAGGAACUGUGGCACAGUGACCAAGGACGAUACUUCAUUUCUUGUCCAGGAAAGUCACGCCCUUUUCAAGAGCUGUUUAACAUAUAGCCGAGGGUGUGAGGAAAAUGGGAGCGGGCAGUCUGAGUUGUUCAUUUUAUAUGCACUUUCUGAAAUGGUGUUGAUUAUAGUUAAGACGCUUUGUAAGGCAGGUCACUAUGACAUGGCGUUGUCUGUCCUGAAUGACAUUGAAAACAAGGUCACAGACUACACUCACUUUAAUUGUAUUGCACUGAUGCUUGGCAAGUGGGCUGUAAAAAUUCAUUGUUCAAUGACGGCCGGCAAGGAGAAUGCCCAGGCAUUUGCCCAGUGUACCAGGAUUCUGAGGUCUCUCUCAGUCCAGCUGGAACAUAGAGAAGCACAUGUUGUUCUGGAAGGAUGCAGCCUGGUGGUGUGGACUGUUGAAAGCUGCUCCAGCAAGGGAUUAAGUGGAGCUGGACUUCUGGCCUGGUUUUCAUUUCUUGAAGAGCACCAGGAACAGAUAAUAAAACUACUGAAGAAUGUGACUGAGAGCAGUAGUUUUCAACAGGCCCUGUGCUUCAGUUUUUACCAAGGCUUUGUAAUGGCUUACGAGAGCAUGCUGGCAUCACAGCUGGAGAACAGUGACACACUAGACAGAGUGCUGCUGUACUGUCAAGCCACAGCUGGACAGAUGAUGACUGAACUACGCAAGACAUCCAAUGAAAGUCUUCUCAUCAAAGCAGUGAUUGCUGUGAGCAACUUGGCUUGUGGAUUGUACAACAAGCGGCUCUAUGACGAGGCCUUCAUCCUCGUAGAAAUCUUGUGCAGGGAUCUGUGCAAGAAUUGUCCUGAAUCACUCUCAGUUGAUCGGUUAAGCCGCCCAUUCAUGCUGGCUGUGCAAACCUCUCGACGGGCUGGACAUCUGGAGAGAGCUUUGAACUGGGUUAUUUUAUGGCUAAAAGCUCUUGGGGAUAAAAUCACUACUCAUAUGGCUGAACCAGUCUCUUUGUGGGUGAAAACAAAGAUUGAUGCAUCCCGUAAUGAUCAGGAGGAUAUUCGCCUCAGGACCGUGCGUGAUGGUUUUGGUCCUGAUACACCUAAUGAAGAAGUAAUGCUGUCUUUGGAAGAAGAGUUGCGUGCCUACAAAGAGUAGCAGGGGGACACUUCCCAGGAACGUUACAACACACUCUGUGAUCUGUUGGACAUCUGCCAUGAGGAGAGUACCCACACUCACCUUCGUGCUGUCUAUCUUUGAAUGGCCCAAGUUGUCUGUUUCCAAGAUUUCAGUGAGCAACUGACUGGUAACAUGGCAGUUGAUUUUACCCAUGAAGCUUUACGGCUGCUCGAAGAGGAACCAGUGACUUUUAAGAAUGCAGACAGGCUGAAGGAUGACAAGGCCCAUGCUUUACUUUGGCUCUAUAUAUGUACGAUUGAGAAGAAUCUUCAAGAGGCCAUUGAUAAGGACAAAAAACUACGAGAGUUGCGGCAACAAUCUCAGUCUCUGGCCAAUCCUGCAGAGAUCAAUGAUUUUGAUUAUGAAGACAAGCAGAAGAUGCAUGACAGUACCCUGGUCUAUGAAGGCCUACAUUUCAACCUGGCUGCAGAGAACAAGCUGUGCCAGCCUUUGGAACAAGCACUAGAUGAGUGGUCCUCUCUUCUGCAGUGCAAAAUCCUACCAUCAGUUAGUAACCCAAAACAGACUUGUAGCUCUAUUGCAGUGAUGGCUGCUCUCUUCAGACUCAUGGGGAAGCCUCUGAAGGCUUUGGAAGCUUACCAGCUUGUCAUUGGCCUUUCCCAUCAACUUGCUGAUGCCAAAACAUGUGCUAGCAACCUUUGUCAGUCCACCAGCCUCUUUCUAUGUAUGGGCACCCCCCAGCUGGCUCUGGCCCAACUUGAGCAAGCAGAAAAGCUUCUGUUGUCAGACAGCGCUGCUGAUGGGCCGUCUUCCAUCAGUAUGUUGGUUAUUCUUCUGAAAGCUCAGUACUGCUACAGCACAGGGGAGGUGGAAUGUGGGGUGUCUUAUUUGUGUGAGGUGCUGAAAGAGGUGAAUGAGCAGAGACAAUCAAAGAGCUGGUAUUUGUUGCGGGCACGGGCCUUCCAGACUUGCAGUUCCUAUCUGAGUUUGGACACCGCUGCACUACCACAAGUUCAGCGGAGCCGUAUUACACAGCAUGGUAUGAUUAGUCCAGAUGCUGCCCUGUAUGAAAGUCUGAAACUUCUCUGCAGCCUACUGGUCACUUUGGUGGGGAAGGGCCUGUAUGGUGCGAAUGGCAGCACCUCAGAUGUGCACUUCAUUAACCAUGGAGAUAACCUUCUUAUGAAGUGGGAGCUGCUGUCAGAGUUACUACACUGCUCAGUACAGAUGGUGGCUAUGAGGAGCAGUUGCGGUGCAAUUAAUGACGCCAGGCUACAAUGCCUUGAAGCGCUUAAACUGGCCAUGAAGCUGCAAGCACUCAGACCCUGUGCAGAGUUGCUGGUGGUGAAGGCUGAAUUAGAGCUGAUGCAGGGUGAGAGAGAGGAAUGUGGAUUUGAUUUGGAUAAAGUCAGGAACCUUCUGGAGCUUUGCACAGACUUUUCUGAUAAGGAGCAGAAGUCAGAGUUGAAAAUUAAACCAAAAAAAGGUCGUCCAACAACAAAAUCUCACUCUCCCCUUCUGACCACCGAUGAUGACUGUAAUGGCAUCCUGAGCACAAGAUGGAUUCCAAAAGAGCCUAUAGAGAGAGAGUUGUCCAGCUCCCCACCUCUUAAAAAUAAACCUUGCCGUUGGCUCUCCUCCCUCACUCAUAUGCCUGAUUGCCCAUGUCCCUGUUGCUCUGAGCCCUCUCUAGGCUACAUCACUGCUCGCUGGGCAGCUACUCAGGCUGAUCUGAUUGUCCAACUAGAUCCCGCUGAUGUCAGAGUUGGAUUGAAGCUUCACUGGGCCACACUGUCUCGCUGCAAGAAUGUCACAUCUAAAGUUGCAGUGAAACUGGCAAGCCUUGUCUCCCUUCAUGGCCCAUUGAAGGAUAUUAAGCCAUCCUUGAUGCAGGAAGUGAUGGGCCGUAUCUACGUACACAUGGCUCUGUUUGGGUUGGAACUGAGGUUUGACAAGGUCUGUAGUCUAUGGAAAAUACUGGAGGCUGGGUUAGCAUUUGUUGGCUCGAUGCCCUCUCCAGUGCUGAGACCUAUGAAAGCAGCCUUAAUGUUCAUCAAAAGCAUAAUGUCACUGGUUAACCUGGCUGACAAAAGUAACUGCACCAUAGAGGAGCUAUUCUCAAGUGUCUGGACUUGGAAUGUGCCAAAAGAACAGAAAUGUAAAGAGGAAUUUAUGCGCCUGCCUUCUAAGAACGCUAAAGACUUCACCGUUAAAAACCAAGACACUGCUGUCAAAGCCAUUGAGGCCAGGAAGGUAAAGGCUGUUCGACCUAAAAUUCAGGUCACAAGCUCCAAAUCAAAGAUAAAGUACAAUGCAGUUCCAAAAACACCUGUAGUAACAAAGUCCAAGCCCACUGCUGGAGAGCUUGGGUCUUUCAACUUCAACACAGUGGUACCUACUUUGACCUGCACGCCUGUCCAAAAGGUCAAAGCCACUGUUUCCGCACAGAAGGCCGUAAAGGCUGCUCCUAAAAUUCAGUUUCAUGUGUAUGCCGAGCUGUCUCCAGUUCAAGACAGAGCACAACCUGUUCCAGCUGCACCCAGACGUACAAAGAAAUCACGUUUCAAGAUCGAGUUUAGUGAUGAGAGUGACACUGAGGGUAAUACCCAGAGGGAGCUCAAAGUAAACAUGGACGUUCCCCAAAAGAGUUCUUCAAAUAGGAAUGCUACUCACAAGCUUAAGACAGCCUCAGCACCUUCACUUGAGAGGAACUUGCCAAAGAGACGAACCAAGACUAAAAAGGGUGUUGGACUCUUUACUUCCUCCGAGGAUGAGGAGUUUGAGGUAUGUCAGCGUCCUUCGACAAGAAGUGGAAGAACAAGGAGGAAGGUGCCUGGGCUUGAGGCAGAUUCUGUGGAAGAGCCAGACAAAAUGAGAACUAUUGAUGAAGAAAUUGAGGAAAUCUUGGAUAUGAGUAUUGAGCAGUUCAGAAUAUCUGACCCUGAAACUGAAGACAGUCAAGCAUCAAAUAAAGAUUCUGAUUUUGAAGUUUUGCGCAGAGAUGUGGGCUCCAGUAUGGGGAAAGAGGAUUUGCCUAAGCUCAUGAGCAGAGGCUAUCUAAGAGGUCAACAAACUCCUCUUUCUCAUUCAGAUAUCACACCGGAGGCUCUUUCUUUGGAAGAUGUUCAGUCAUGGCUUUGUUCAACUUGGCUGAGUUUCCAGCAUUUCCCUCCUCCCACUAUCUUUCCAACACUCAGUGCACUUUUGGCCUUGACCACUGGUCAGCAGGACCCUGUAACUACAGCUAUGCUACAUAGCCAUGCCCUGGGGGUUACAAGCCGUCACCGCAUGAUUAAACACUUGGCCAGUUGCCUCAAAAAGCUGAGGAAGACCUCCAGUGAUCCAGCAGACAGAGUUGAUGCUCUGAGUCUCGAUGAACCUGAUCCACCUGAGUCUGGAACCCCUAUUGAGCAGAAAUUGUCUCAGUUGGAGAACAUCUUUUCUUUUACUGCUGUUGACACCUCGAGUUUCCCUCAGAGCCACUGCCAAGAAUUUAUUCAAAAAAUUCAACAUCUUCCCUCAGGAGUGACUGUGUGUAUGAUGUCUAUGGUUGGAUUUAAACCUGGGGAGAUGGGGAACAGCAUUUUGUUGUCACGCGUUGAAAAGGGAUCCUCCCCUGUGACUGUUCACAUCCCCACCUCAAAACAGCAGCAUCCUGUUAGUUGGCUUGUGCAGGAGAUGGACAGCAUUCAGGUGGAACAGAAGGCAGUGAGCUGUGUGUGUGAGAAAGCCAAGUGGUGGGAAGGCCGCAAAGCGCUCGACUUUCGAGUGGAGCGACUGCUAAAGGAGAUGGAGGGAUUGCUAGGGUGCUGGAGGAGCCUUCUUCUUCCUCUGACAUCAAAUUCCAAGCUCUCCAGUGAAGCGCAGUGCCUUUUCGAGGCCUUGUCUGCCAGGGGAGUGACAGUCAGUGAGGAGAUGAUAAAGGUUGUACUGUCUGCAGCUCCAGAUCUCUCCAAAGAAGAACUCAAGAGGUUUGCUUUGGGAAUUUUCCCACAGUGGGAUGUGGAAUGUGAGCAGCUAUUUCACACAGCUGUAUCUCGUGUCAAAGGUGGAGAUGAGUCCAACGGACAUGUGGUUUUCAUCCUGGACAAGUACCUGCAAAAGUUGCCGUGGGAGAGUAUGUCAGUCUUAAGAUCUCGCUCUGUUAGCCGCAUGCCUUCUCUACAUUCAUUAAUUGCACUGAGUAUUCAGAAAGAGACAGACCCUCAGUCAGUCCUGAAACAAGGCGUGGAUUCAAGAUGUGCGUUUUAUGUACUUGACCCUGAUGCAAAUUUAGAGAAUUCGCAAAACACUUUCAAGGAAUGGUUUAGCAGUCUGCCAUCCUGGGAAGGUGUUUAUGGAGUUGCUCCUGACCUUGGUCAACUGACAGAAGCUGUUGCAACCAAAGAUCUAUAUAUUUACAUUGGACAUGGUGCAGGUGCACGGUUCCUAGACGGACAGACGGUGCUCAAAAGGCAAAUGAGAGCAGCCUCUCUGCUGUUUGGCUGCAGCAGUGCCGCUCUGGCUGUACGUGGGAAUCAGGAAGGACAAGGCAUCAUCCUCAACUACAUCAUGGCCGGCUGCCCCUUUGUUUUGGGGAACCUGUGGGAUGUGACUGAUCGGGACAUUGACCGCUUCACUAAAGCUCUGCUGGAAUCCUGGUUAUCUGCUGGGCCUGGAGCAGCUCUCCUGGAUUAUAUGGGUCCAUCACGACAAGCCACGAACCUAAAACACCUUAUUGGCGCUGCCCCAGUGGUCUAUGGCUUACCAGUCCACCUGCAACACCACGGACUUCAAAGCUGCUAAAGCACAAUGAAAAUGGUCUGAAAGAAUCUAUCAUUUACUCAUUUCUCACAAAUAAAAGGAUGCCAUUUCUAACUUGUAUAAUCUUUGUUUUUAAAGGAAUGUAUGCUUUAAGUGCAGGAUUUUUAUAUAUUUUGAUAUUUUCUGUAUUUAAACUGCUGAAUUUUUGAGAAGUACGGAUGGCAUUUGUUAGAAUGUGCAUCUGUCAAACAUACUUU